AUGAAGGCAAGUUAUGUUCGAACUUUAACCCGUCAUAUACACGUCUACCAAUCAAAGAAUCUGAGCAAAGAAUUCUUGAAUGUUGUUCAAUGCCACGAUCUUUUGCAAUCGCUUGGUUUUAUCAAGCAAACCCAAAGUGGACUCGUCCAUUGGCUACCAUUGGGACUGCGAACACUAAACAAAAUCAGCAACGUUAUUAAGAAGCAUAUAGAGCAGAACGGAAUGGCGCAGGAAGUAUCUUUGAGCUUACUGUCCCCUAAGUUACUAUGGGAAAGUACAGGCAGAUGGAAAAAUGGGGAACUAUUCAAGUUGAAGGACUCUAAAGGUUCAGACUUCUGCCUUGCGCCGACUUGUGAGGAGGAGAUUACAACACUCAUAGGCAGCUACAUUUCGAGCCACAAAGAUUUGCCUUUAACGGUGUACCAAAUCGGAAGGAAGUAUAGAGAUGAGAAAAGGCCAAGAGGGGGACUUCUAAGAGGCAGAGAAUUCUUGAUGAAAGACGCAUACUCCUUCGACAAAAGCAAACAGGAAGCCAUGGAAACCUUUGGAAGGAUGAAUGAGACCUACGACUUGAUAUUUAAGGAUCUCAGGGUUCCCUUCGUAAGUGCAUGGGCGGAUUCUGGUGAUAUUGGUGGUGACAUGAGCAAGGAAUACCAUUUCAUGCAUGAAACCGGCGAAGACACGGUAUUGAAAUGUAGCUCAUGUGGCCAUGUAUCGAAUGUGGAGAAGUGCUCCUCUUACCCCGAAGAGACCAACCAGCACAAUGGUGAUGUCAAUGUGCGAUAUGCUCUUAACAUCGAAAGAGACACGCUAAUAUGCUUAUAUUACCCACACAACCGAACAUUAAACUGGAAUUUAGUCCUGGAUGCCUUGGACCACGAUGUUGACUCCACCUUAGUGGGCGAAAGUAAUGAGAAAGUCCUGGACUUAUUUCAUGCAGGCAAAAAUGAGGAUGACAUGAUGUUUUCGUCGGUAGUCCGCAUUAUGGAUUGUAGACUAAAUUCCAGAUCAAACUAUCCCGAUUUCCCUCUAAAGCAAUACUUGAAGAACAAUUUCUCGCAGCUUGAUGAUGUGACUUUAGUGGACGCCGAAGAGAAUGAACUAUGCGGCGCAUGCGAGGAGGGCAAACUGAGCGGAGCCAGAAGCAUCGAAGUCGGCCACACUUUUUACUUAGGACAGAAGUAUUCCAAACCAUUGAAGGCUAAAUUUACGGCAAAAGACAAUACUGAACAGUUUUGCGAGAUGGGCUGCUAUGGGAUCGGCGUAAGUCGCCUCGUUGGUGCUAUUGCUCAAGUCACCCGCGAUGAAAUGGGACUCAGAUGGCCCAGAGUGAUCGCCCCAUAUGAGAUAUCAGUGUGUUCAGCCAAGCAAGACAAUCUUUGUGAGCAGGUCGAGGGACUACUUCAAGCGUGGAAGUCCGAAACGUGGGUCAACAGAGAUGACAAGUCAAAUUUAGGACGUAAAAUAGCUACCAGCCACAGCCUAGGUAUUCCUAUAUGUGUUAUUGUGGGCAAAAGGGAGUGGCCCCAUGUUGAAUUCGAGGUACGCGCUCCCUUUAUGGGAGACAGCUGGCGCGGCGCGCUUCAGGAAAAAGGCGAAUCAUGGGAUUGGACCUGCGAGUCGGCAGGUUCAGAACAUGUACAGAGGCACAAGGUGCACAAAGACCAUCUCAAGGAUGUAGUUGGCGUGAUAUUAACAGAUAUGUAG